AUGCCAGGAGACAAAUCAGAAAUGGCCAAGAACAUCGCAACUUCUGUUGCCGGAUCCAUUGGAGGAAACAAGGUGGCCGAUGCGCUCCAUUUAGGUGGUGCAGGUCACAUUGCUGGAGGAGUGGCUGGCAGUAUCGCUGCGCAGGAAGGUGAGCAGAAGGUGGAGGAUAAGGCUCGCCAAUAG